AUGCCCGAGAACGUGGUGUCCACCGAAGCGAGCAGCACGCCCUACUCCAACAUAAGGAUCACGCCUAUUUCGGAUCCAUCCCAUCCGGCAAACGGGCAGAGCGGUCUCUUUGCGAACAAGGCCCUUAAACCGGGCACCUUCAUCCUGCUCUACCUAGGCAACGUACACCCGGAGACGGAUGUCGAGGCAAAGGAAUCUGACUACGACCUCUGGCUCGACAGAGACGCUGGUAUCGCCGUCGACGCAUCCCGGUCCGGAAACGAAGCACGGUUCGUCAACGAUUAUCGUGGAGUGAAAGAUCGUCCAAACGCCGAGUUUAGAGAAGUUUGGAGCGCGAGGCACCAAGAGCGAUGUAUGGCCGUAUUUGUCCUCCCAGAGAGGAAGAACUCGAGGGCAACGAAGAAGCCUGCGGCCGGUAAAGCGAGCAGCGCCGGUGCCGCUGGCAAGGCGAGUGCAAGCUCUGGCGCGGGUGCGGCGGGCAUUCUAAAAGGAGAGGAGAUACUGGUCAGCUAUGGCAAAGGGUUCUGGGGAGCCAGAAUACCCGAUAGUGGAGCCGUGGAGAAAGAGCCCGAUAUCCCGAUGCUGCCUUGA